UCCUCUGUUCGCAGGGGAACAUGAGCGCCAAUCUGCGCGAGCGGACGUUGAACAAUACAAAUGGUUUUCUCACGGUUUCCCGUCUGAUUCUGACUGAACCUGCUCUUGUUUAGGGACGACCUGUCACGGUUGCCGGCUUUGAAUUUUUAUUUUUGUUCUAAUUUUUUGUUGUUGUUUUUGGAUGCGCCAUGCAAUCUCGUUGGAGGAGUUGUGGCAUUCGGCCGGUGGCAUGGACGUGGACUUGGAGUCUGGCAGUGAUCGGAGCGUGGUGCAUCCCCGCAAAUGAAGUGAACCUGCUGGAUUCUCGCUCCGUGAUGGGAGACCUUGGUUGGGUGGCUUAUCCAAAGAAUGGGUGGGAAGAGAUCGGGGAAGUAGAUGAAGACUAUGCCCCCAUCCACACCUACCAAGUCUGCCGUGUGAUGGAGCAGAACCAGAACAACUGGCUCCACACCAACUGGAUCCUGACUGAGGGUGCACAGCGAGUAUACAUCGAACUCAAGUUUACGCUUAGAGACUGCAACAGCCUGCCUGGUGGGGUCGGGACCUGCAAGGAGACUUUUAACAUGUACUACUAUGAAACAAAUGGCGAUGAGGAUGACAUGGAGGAUGGCAGGAUGAGGGACGGUGUUGGCAUAACUGAAGAGGAAGACAGGGUAUUGAAAGAGAGCAGAUACAUCAAAAUUGACACCAUAGCAGCUGACGAGAGCUUUACCGAGCUGGACCUGGGGGACCGUGUCAUGAAGCUCAACACUGAAGUCCGGGAUCUAGGUCCUUUGUCCCGGAAAGGUUUCUAUUUGGCCUUUCAGGAUUUGGGGGCCUGCAUUGCGUUGGUAUCAGUGCGGGUAUUCUACAAACGCUGCCCGUUCUUGGUGAAGAGCCUGGCAGAAUUUCCGGAUACCAUCCCAGCAUCGGAGGCGUCGCAGCUGGUUGAGGUGGUGGGCCGCUGCGUCAAUAACUCGGUGCCCUUAUACGAGUCGCCACGGAUGCACUGCAGCACAGAAGGAGAAUGGCUGGUGCCCAUUGGAAAAUGUGUCUGCAAAACAGGGUUUGAGGAAGUCAGCGGUUCUUGUCAAGUGUGCAAAAUGGGAUUUUACCGCUCGCAGCUGGAGACUUCAGCCUGCAGUAAAUGUCCACCCCACAGUGUGGCCAGACAGAUGGGGGCCACGGCCUGUAGCUGUGAAGAUGGAUAUUAUAAGAUCGACUCUGACCCUCCUAGCAUGGCCUGCACACGCCCUCCCUCUGCACCACGGAAUGCAAUUUCCAACGUCAAUGAAACCAGUGUCUUUUUGGAGUGGUCCGUUCCAGUGGAGACGGGUGGCAGGAAAGACAUCCGCUACAACAUCCUGUGCAGACAUGUUUUACCAGACGGUAGAGGACUGGAGGAGUGCGGCCCCAACGUGCGGUUUCUGCCUCGCAGGCUUGGCCUCUCGAACACCUCGGUGAUGGUGGCUGACCUCCAGUCGCACACCAACUACAGCUUCCUGUUGGAGGCUAUCAAUGGGGUGUCUGAGCUGGCCAAAGACCAUGCAAAGCAGUAUGUGACACUUAAUGUGACAACCAAUCAGGCAGCACCAUCCCCGGUAAGUGUAGUGAGAAAAGGCCAUACAGGAAAGAGCAGCAUCGCCCUUUCAUGGGCAGAACCUGACCGUCCCAACGGCAUCAUUCUCGAGUACGAGAUCAAAUAUUUUGAAAAGGAGCAGGACUCCAGUUAUACCAUAAUAAAAUCAAAAGAAACAGAAAUGGUGGUGGAAGGCCUGAGACCUUCAUCAGUCUACAUCUUUCAGGUACGAGCCAGGACCUCAGCAGGCUAUGGCGCAUUUAGCCGACGUUUUGAAUUCCAGACGAGCCCCUACCUAACUGCCACCAGCGAGCGUGCUCAGGCUUCGAUAAUAGCGGUGGCCAUCACGUUGGCGCUGGUUCUGCUGGCGGUUGUUGCUGGAUUCUUGCUCAGCGGACGGCGAUGUGGGUACAGCAAGGCAAAGCAGGAUCCUGAAGAGGAAAAGAUGCAUUUUCACAAUGGUCACAUAAAAUUCCCUGGUGUCCGUACUUACAUUGACCCCCUCACUUAUGAGGAUCCCAACCAGGCAGUGCAUGAGUUUGCACAGGAGAUUGACGUCUCAUGCAUCUCUAUUGAAAGGAUCAUCGGUGCUGGGGAGUUUGGUGAAGUGUGCAGCGGACCCCUGAGGCUGCCUGGCAAAAGAGAGAUCCAGGUUGCCAUUAAGACCUUGAAAGCAGGCUACACCGAGCAGCAGAGGCGGGACUUUCUGUGGGAGGCAUCGAUCAUGGGCCAGUUUAACCAUCCAAACAUCAUCCGCCUGGAGGGAGUUGUCACCAAGAGCAAGCCUGUGAUGAUCAUCACUGAAUACAUGGAGAACGGAUCACUGGAUACCUUUCUAAAGAAAAAUGAUGGUCAGUUCACGGUUAUCCAGCUGGUUGGUAUGCUGCGGGGCAUUGCAUCUGGCAUGAGAUACCUGUCAGACAUGGGUUAUGUCCAUCGGGAUCUGGCAGCACGUAACAUCCUUGUCAAUAGCAACCUUGUGUGCAAAGUGUCAGAUUUUGGUCUUUCUCGAGUCCUGGAAGAUGAUGCAGAGGCAGCAUACACUACACGGGGAGGGAAGAUUCCUAUUCGCUGGACAGCUCCUGAGGCGAUUGCAUACAGGAAGUUCACCUCUGCUAGUGACGUGUGGAGUUAUGGGAUUGUCAUGUGGGAGGUUAUGUCAUAUGGAGAGAGGCCCUACUGGGACAUGUCCAAUCAAGACGUUAUAAAAGCAGUAGAAGAGAGCUACAGGUUGCCUGGCCCAAUGGACUGCCCCGAGGCCCUGUACCACCUGAUGAUGGACUGCUGGCAGCGGGAACGCAGCAGUCGGCCUAAGUUUGAUGAAAUAGUUUGUCUACUUGACAAGUUUAUUCGCAACCCAUGUUCAUUAAAAAAGUUGGUCAAUUCCUCACACAGGGUUUCCAACUUGUUAGUGGAGCAUGCCAGUGUAGAGGGAGACUGCAGUACUCGAAGCAAGACUAUAGGAGAGUGGCUCGACUCCAUCAAGAUGGGCCGGUACACAGAGCUCUUCAUGGAGGGUGGCUACUCUUCGCUCGAAACAGUUGCUCAAAUGACAUCAGAAGAUCUCCGGAGAGUAGGAGUAAACCUGGCUGGACACCAGAAAAAAAUUAUCACAAGUAUUCAGGAGAUGAGAGUCCAUAUGAACAGCACCAACUCUACUGUAAACAUCUGAUGCAUAUGUACAGGCAUGCACACAAAUCAGACAUCCAUAUGCGCACAUGAGUUAAAACCAAUAUUUUGGACCUAGCAUGAAAUCAAAGAACUGUUGGACCUAGAAUGGCUUAGCACUUUGUGGAAAUAAGGAAACCCUAUGUUCUAUGGAUCUACACUUGAUGAUCUGCAAUUUGGUGAGUUUUGUGUGUGGAGCUCGUGGAGAUAUAAUACACUGCAGAGCUAAAACCAAACUGAACUGGACUGAACGGUGCUAUGCGAAGGACUAAGGAAGGCAAACAAAGCUGGGUCUAUGGGAUGUUUUUCAUUUGACUUUUCCCAAUUUUCUGGAAUUUCCAGAUUCUUACAUGAUUUGCACUGUUUGGAUUCUCUCAGAUCAAACUCGAAACAAAGAUUUGGCCCCUUUUUUGGCUGUAUCACAUUAGAGUUCUCAUAAAGUGGGCUCAAAAUGGAACUUUUUUAAUCUGUCUCAGGUGAGACGAGCCCACCUGAUUGGAACAGAACUUAUUCACUAGCCAUAGCUUUGGACGUACACUACCUUUUACAAGUCACUGAGUUGAAAAAUAAAUCUCCGGCAGGGCAAAAAUGAUGGACCAAGAGCUUAAAUAUUACAAGUGUGAGUUGUUGGUUUAGCAUAUUGGUCAAAUGUUUUGUUUUUGUUGUUUUUCUGUCUCUGGGAGGUCAGAAUAUCACAAAACUUCAACAACAGUCUUGCUGCAUAACUAAUUUACUUUUAAAUGUGAUUCUCCAGCAUAAAACAAGUCAGGAAAGAAAUGGUCAUGGAAUAAAGAUGAUACACUUUAGGAUAAGGCUGAUGUAAGGCAACAAAUGAACCUUUUUGGUUAUUUGGGAAUGUUCCUUUGCCUGAAUGUGAACAUUGGUAGAAUGUGGCAAUAAUCUAUCUAGUCUUUAAGCCCAGCUUCUGAAUUAUGCCAGAGAUUGUAAAACAUUUAGCUGACAAGCCUGAAAGUCUUUAAAGACUUAAAAUUUCCUUUUAAAUUUCUUUAUUUAUUCAAAUCCAGAAAAUUAUCUUAUUUUGAAAAUCAGAUACUUGACAGAUGCACGUUUUAAUAAAAUAUUAUAGAUUUUGCAAGCCCUUGCCGUAACCGCAUACAUGAUUUGCAUAUUCUCAACCCAUGCUGGAACAUUUCACACACUGGCAAGAACCUUUGCUUAUUCUUUCAUUGUUUGACAGAAUAAGUACUCAGAUGUACUCAAAAUUAACAGAUUAACAGACAAAUCUCUCUGCCAGUGAAACUCAACUUGAGUGAUUUAUCAUUCUUUUUAGGAAUUUCAUGGAAAGUUGAGAAAAUCUUUAUGGAAAUAUUGAAUACUUUGUGUUGACCUUGCCUGUCAUAAUCUGUGUGACUUUUUCCCCAAGGGAGCCUGAUGAAUCUAAUGGGAUCAUUUAAUGGUGUUCGGAUUUGAAACCUUUACAGGAUCCCAAAGCAGCUUUCUCUGGUCUGGAGUGCAUUUAGCGGUCUUUACCAAGCCUUCACAUAGAAACUGUAACUUUCAGGUACCACAGAAAACCCUCAGUAAUCUGUUUAGUUCACCGUGCCGCAGAGUAUCUCUUCCACGCUUGUGUGCCACACCGCAAUAAACCUCACUCUGACAGGACUGCUGUAAAAAAGUAAAAAAAAAAAAAAAAUUGAAAGAAAAAAAAAAAGAAGGCAAUAUUGAUAAACUUGAUAAUCAUUUAUUUAUUUGUACUUGUUUAAAAAAAAAAAUGGUGUGGACAGUUUUGUUAUUGUGCUUUCUCAUGGACUACUGAGCAGCUCCCUACAUGUCUUUUCAUGUAAAUAAUGUACUAUACAUUUAAAGCAGGGAGCAUUGUUCCUUUGUUUACUGUCAUGUGGACAACUUGACUUUGAUUAUACAUCUCAGAGUAGGUCAGUGGUGACUGAUACUAUGAAGCUGCAAUUCUGCUUGAAUGUCCUGGUAGGUGCUAACGGCACAUUUAUCUCCUACCGACCGUUUUAAAAGGGAUGUGCAUAAAGAGCAGAUUUAUCCUUCUUUUUGUUUGUUCGUUUUUGGUGGUUGCAUUUUAUUUAAAGUUCCAGUGAAAAGCAGAGGAAUAUAUUACAGGAACCAUAUUUUUGCUUCCCUUAUUUUAUGGUUUAAAAGUAAAUGAUGUCAGUAAUUAGUCAAGUCUGUGCUUUACUUAAACUUCAGUAUAGCAUAAUUUCAUUGUGAAUUAUUACUAAAUCUUGACCCCUUUGACUGCAGUGUCCACAACAAUCAGAAGUAUUCACACUAGCUCUAUGUUUGCAGAUGACUUGCUUCUAUACGUCUUUGUCCAUUUAAUGUAAAGCUUUGGCAUAAAGUUAGGAAUGAAUAUUUCUUUCUGUUUAGAGAUGGUUUUACUUGACCAUAUGAAAGCACACUACAAGAAUAUAAGGUUUUAAAGGGUUGUUCCACUUUUUUGAAGAGCAUGUUUAGCUUUUAACCACAUAAAUCUAUGCUUACAGAUCAACAGUUCAAGUGUUGAUUGUGGAAAAUUGAUAACUUACUGCUGUGAAGUAUCAGUUGAUUGAAUGUAAGAUGGGUUUUUUCACAUUUGAAGUUCUCCAAGAGUUGAUAGUGUUUCUCAGAGUAAAAAUGAUCCAACCAAACGUUUUUUUUCCAGGAAGCAUAGCAUCUGCAUAGUCUCUUUAGUCUUCUCAUUAGUUGUGUAGCUUUUGUCUUGUAGAUUCAGUCUUUUAAUUUUACUAUAAUUUUUCAAACUAUUAUUUUGUAACAUUUUUAAACAUUUUUUUUUUUUUUUAGAAAGGCAGUUAAAAAAUAUUUUAAGAGAAUACAAGAAAUGCAGUAAAUACUUGUAGACUACUGUGGCUAUGCAGAUUUGUUACAGGAGUGUUGAAUAACUUAAAUCAAAAUGUAAUGUUUUCAGGUGUUGUACAACCUCUCUUUCUGGCUUAAUGAUAAACUUAAAUUCCACGCGUGGUGCAUGAACAACUGGUGAAUAAUACAGCCAUAUAAGUGCCUCGCAUCUUCUAAGCACUGUUGUUUCCUCUCCUGUCAAGAUAUUCUGUCCUAAGUGUGCCCCAACUUCGUAUAAUAUUCGUUUUUUGCCAACAAUGUCUACAGGCAAUAAGAAGAAUGUCAGACAAGGUGUAUGUUGGAACUAAUUUAAUUUGCACUUUAUGGGAAAUAUUUUUUUUUCUUUGACUGCAAUGUCUAUAUAUGACUUAACUUUUAGUUCUUAAAUAUUUACUUUGUAACCCAUUUCCUGAUGAUGAUGAUGAUGAUGAUAUCACUUCAUACUGUCAAUGCUUCUCUGGACAUAAAAGUUGACAGCCAAGCACAAAGAGUUGGUAAUAUUUUUCAAAGAAAUUAAAGCUAUGGAACUGUUGAUAUAUAGAGCAGCAUUUUCUUGUGUAUGACACAUCACACCUACAAGAUACAAGCACAAGGUUUUACAAAAACCUGUUUGGACAGUAUGUGGUUCAUGACUUUUUAUAAAAGAUCAUUACCACAAGUUCUUGAUGUCAACAAACUUCUUCCAGACAUUAGAUCUCACCAUUGUAGAAUUAUUUGAAUUAUUUCACCCACAUAAAGUGAAGAAAGUGUGAAAUUGGGCAUAACUACACUGUUAAGAUGAUGGUCUGCAAAUAUUUUGUUUGAAUUUUCUCUCGGCAGUAUUCUGUUGUAGUUCUACAUUUGCUGGGAGACAAAAACAAUCCAUGAAUUGCAGAAGAAUCAGGCAAUCAUCAGUUAUUUAACAUCAAAGUAUGAAGCCUUAAUUUGGAGCCAAAUUUAAAUUUCACAAGGUAAUUUUAGUCAAAAUAGGAGAUUCUUCUUAAUAUACAAAUAUGGUUUUGGUGUUCUUUUUCUUAAAAUAAAAUCCCUGAAUGCAAAUGCAAGGUGUAAAAAAAUUGUUGUGGUAGUGCAGAAGCAAUAAUAAUGAUCAAUAUCAGGACAAAUGUUGUGUAUACAGAGACAGAUGGGAAACAACAAGAUCACACUUGCAUCUGAAAAGUUUUAAUCUUUAAACAUCCUGAACAAAACAUCUGAAAACCCAUAAAUAAAAGGUUUACCCCAGGGAACAGGGUUGUUAUAGUAAUAGUACAUAUUUUUUCUGUUUUAAAAUCUGAUUUCCUCAGAUCUCCAAUUUAUAAUGACAUUUAUUAAGAUAUUUACAUUAAGAUAGUGAAUCAAGUUAAACGCUGAAACUUGCUUCCAUUUGCAAGGAUGUUUGGAAUUAGCAGGAACUUGAUUGAUCUUUCCAGUGGCCAACUUCAUCACGCCAAAUGCUAAUGAGGUGGGUGGCUAUUAUAGUAGUUUGUGCCAUGUAAAAACACAUUGUGUAUGAACAACAACAACAACAAACUUAUUGUGGGCUGAAAGGCAAGCAGUUUUUUUCUCUCUUUUUUUUUUUUUUUGGAAAGGUAACAUUUGAUUUCCUUGUCUGCAAAUAAAAGAUUUUGUGCUAGAGGCCCUCCCACUUUGCUUAUUGCUCUCAGGAAGUGGAAAGUGGGAAUGUUCUAUGUGGUCAGUGGGGAGUAAUGUGCAGCUUUCUAUCAAAAUGUACAAAAAACAGGUUUGCGCUGAUGUUUUUGCAGAUGAUCAGUUAUUAUGAGUAACUCACGCAUUAUGGUUUUGAACAACUGAAUAACUAUUGUGUUUCAUUGAAAGCACAGUAAAAAAAUAUUGGCUAUUGAUGUGCUAUUGGUUUGUCUUGGAAAUUGUAUUGUGUAUUACGUUUGUGUUGAUGUUUUUGUAGUGUCCUAUCAAAUUCUAUAUUUUUGCAAUAAAACUUGGAAAAAAUAAACUUUA